AUGAACGCAAAUAAUGAGAAGAGGUCCUCAUCACAGAUGAUGAUCUAUUUCAAGAAUCAGCAGUCACGAUUUUGUCAUGUGAGCAAGACGUUAUUCCAAGCAAAACUCAAAACCAUCGCGGUCUUUGACCUAACGAAGAACCUCGCUGCAACUCUGACAUCCGGUGGUACGCUAACACGGCUUUACCGCCAUCAAGGUUAUAAAGAGGGCGAUGACUCCGGAAGUUGA